AUGGAACCAGAUGCCUCUACCACUAAUACUACAUUACCACCUCAUUCAAGCACAUCAUUAAGGCGUACUCGAUCAUUGGUAUGGGAGCAUUUCACUAAAAAUUCUGAUGAAGACCAUAAGGCGAAUUGCAAUUAUUGUGGUAUCUUAAUUAAGUACUUGACUGGAACUAGUGCUAUGAAGACACAUUUAAUGAGAUGUGAUGAAGGUCCAAAUAAAAGACUUAAAAGGCAAAGAUCAAAUUCUUCUUCAUCACAAACUGUAGAAGGGCAAGUGAGUGGUGGUGUUCGCUCUUCGCCAAGUUAUUUUAAAUUUGACCAAGAAAUAUGCCAAAAGGAGCUUGUGAAGAUGUUUGUGGUUGCUGAGUUGCCAUUUCGAUUUGUGGAGAAUGAAUCAUUUAUCAAGUUUUUAAGUGUGUUGCAACCACGAUUUAGCGUCCCAUCACGCUCUACAUUAACCCGUCAUAUUUUUAUACUCUUUAAUGAGGAAAGAGAAAAUUUGAAGAAAUUUCUUUCUAUGCAUUGUGGGAGAGUUUGUCUUACAACAGACACAUGGACAUCAAUCCAGAACUUGACUUAUAUGAGUUUGACUGCACACUUUGUUGAUAAUAAUUGGAAGUUGCAAAAGAAAAUUUUGAACUUUCGUCAAAUCAUGGGACAUUCAGGAGAGAUUAUGGCAAAAAAUGUUGAGAUAUGCUUGAAUGAAUGGGAUUUGAAUCGGGUUUUUAGUUUAACUGUGGACAAUGCUUCAUCUAAUGACCUUGGGAUUCAAUACCUGAAAAAGAGGUUGAUGUCUUGGCAUAGUGUACUUUUGAAGGGGGAGUAUAUUCAUAUGCGUUGUUGUGCGCAUAUUUUGUGUUUAAUUGUGAAGGAUGGCCUUAAAGAGGUAGAUGACUCCAUUUUAAGAAUUCGUGGUGCAGUCAAGUACAUUAGAUCCUCACCAUCUAGAUUGGCUAGAUUCAAGGCUUGUGCUGAACAAGAGAAAAUUACCUAUAAAGGCCUUGUUUGUCUAGAUGUUGAAACUAGGUGGAAUUCAACUUACUUAAUGUUGGAGGCAGCUCUCAAGUAUAAAAAAGCAUUUGACUUACUUGAAAUGCAAGAUAAUAAAUAUGUUGAGGAUCUCCAUAAAGGAAAAGGUGUACCAUUAGAAUCUGAUUGGAAUGAUGCUCGUUUGCUCUUACCUUUCUUGAAGAUGUUUUAUGAUGCAACGAUACGUAUUUCUGGUUCUUAUCAUGUCACUAGUAAUAUAUAUAUGAAGGAAGUAUUUGCAAUUGGAAGGAAGAUUCGCAAGUAUCAAGAGAAUAAUGAUAUUUUCAUAAGGUCAAUGGCUACUCGAAUGAGAACUAAAUAUGACAAAUAUUGGGGAAGAGCUAAUGGAAUUAACAUUUUGUUACUUAUUGCUGUUGUCCUUGAUCCUAGGUGUAAAUUGGAAUAUGUUAACCAUUUCAUUGACUAUUUAUUUGAUGAUGAUCAGGCAAAUGAAUUAAAGUUAAAGUUGUCUUCUAGUUUAAGAUCACUUUAUGAGCAGUACCAAGGUAUUGAGGAGGGUUCUCAAAGUAAUCACCAAGUAGUACAAUUGGAUGAUGAUGAUGAUGAUGAUGAUGAUAUCCAUGGUAUGAGUUUUUAUUUACAAACAACUGGGCGUAGAUUUGAUGCAAAAUCUGAGUUGGACAAGUAUCUAAAAGAAGAUUGUGAGCCUUUCAUCAAGUCAGUUGAAUUUGAUAUUUUAAAUUGGUGGAAAGUAAACUCAACUAGAUUUCCAAUCCUUGGAAGUAUAGCUCGAGAAGUGUUAGCCAUUCCUGUUUCUACAGUAGCAUCAGAAUCUUCAUUUAGUACUGGAGGAAGGGUUCUAGAUCCUUAUCGAAGUUCUCUUACUCCUAGAAUGGUGGAAGCACUAGUUUGCACGCAAGAUUGGUUGAAAGGAUCAUCUUUUUUUGUAUUUACUAAUGAGGACUUUGAAGAGCUUGAGAAAUUAGAGCAUGAGAUAUUGUCUCCACAAGAAGGGACUUCAUUGACCGCUAUUAAUCUUGAUGAUUAA